AUUAUGUUGUGAUCAAUAUUUUGUUUUAACAUAACCUUAAAAAGUAGUGUGGUUUUAGUAAACACAUAUGAUAUUAUGACUUGGGAGGAAUUUUUACUUUUUGCUAAAGAUAUAUUAGUAAAGUCUAAUGAGCUAGGUGAUAAUUGGCAGUUAGUAGGAAAAGAUGAAAAUUAUUCACAAUACUUGAUGAAACAAGAAAAACAUGUUUGUGAAAAUGAAAACUCACAUUUGGAAGAAUGCGAUUCAAAUGAUUUUAACGAUAAGUCUGAAGCAACAUUUAAUAGUGUUAUUGUUUAUAAUUUUGAAUAUCAUGUCACGUAUAACAUCAGCUAUAUGGUUCCUGUUUUAUCCUUUAAUGCUUCAAAACCUGAUGGUACUAUUCUCACACUGGACAGUGCAUGGAAAAUAUUGUUACAAAAUGGUGUAACGGACAGUAGUUUCCAUUCAAUUCUCACACAAAUGGAUCAUCCAGUAUUACAAAUACCAUUUUUGACAUUACAUCCUUGUAGGACACAGGAAUUGUUAGGAAAGUUUCAGAAAAGUUAUAAUCUACUACUUACAUUUAUAUCUGUAAUUGGUCCAUAUAUUGGCUUACGAUGCGAUUUGCGAUACGGGCAAACAAAUGAUCUGACGAUGAAAUUUGACUUUGCUCAUAAAUGA